AGCAGCCUCGCUCCCCGGGGCCCCGAGCGGGGCCUUUUCCGCUCCAGACGUCCUCCGUGAAGCUUCCGAGCCGAGAGGACUUGUGCUCCUGCGCGCCUGCGCUCUUCCUAGGAGGGGAUCGGACGGCAGGAUCGCAAGGAUGACUGAGGCUGAAGUGAACCCCAAAGCUUACCCGUUGGCUGAUGCCCAGCUCACCAAAAAGCUUCUGGACCUGGUACAGCAAUCCUGUAACUACAAGCAGCUCCGGAAGGGCGCCAAUGAAGCCACCAAGACCCUCAACAGAGGCAUCUCCGAGUUCAUCGUGAUGGCUGCAGAUGCCGAGCCCCUGGAGAUCAUCCUUCACCUCCCGCUGUUGUGUGAGGACAAGAACGUCCCCUACGUGUUCGUGCGCUCCAAGCAGGCGCUGGGCCGGGCUUGUGGCGUCUCCCGGCCCGUCAUCGCCUGCUCCGUCACCAUCAAGGAAGGUUCCCAGCUGAAGCCCCAGAUUCAGUCGGUCCAGCAGUCAAUCGAGAGACUCUUAGUGUGAGCCAGCCCGUGGGGCUUGGCCGGGGUUCUGACCUGGGAGGGCUGUGGUCACGCCAUGGCGGCAGGAGGAUGGCGGGCAGAGACUGUUCUCAGGUGACUUUCAAUGUUAAACAUUUUUACGGCUGUUAGAA